UGUAUUCAGGAGUUUGCCUAGAACAGCCCUGCGCGGGGCGGGGUAAUGGGGGCCUGAUUGCACUUCGACGCAGGCGCAGUGAGCACUGGUCCUGAGUGGCGCAUGCGUGGUGUUGUGCGAGCUGCGGCGCCAUGGACGACGAGGAGGAGACUUAUCGGCUCUGGAAAAUCCGAAAGACCAUCAUGCAGUUGUGCCACGACCGUGGCUACCUGGUGACCCAGGACGAGUUGGAUCAGACAUUGGAGGAGUUUAAAUCCCAGUUUGGGGACAAGCCGAGUGAAGGGCAUCCACGGCGCACUGACCUCACCGUGCUGGUGGCUCACAAUGAUGACCCCACAGACCAGAUGUUUGUCUUCUUUCCAGAGGAACCCAAGGUGGGCAUCAAGACCAUCAAGGUGUACUGCCAGCGCAUGCAGGAGGAGAACAUCACCCGCGCGCUUAUUGUGGUGCAGCAGGGCAUGACACCUUCUGCCAAGCAGUCUCUGGUGGACAUGGCGCCCAAGUACAUUCUAGAGCAGUUCCUGCAGCAGGAGCUGUUGAUCAACAUCACGGAGCACGAGCUGGUACCAGAGCACGUUGUCAUGACCAAGGAGGAGGUGACAGAGCUGCUGGCCCGAUAUAAACUCCGGGAGAACCAGCUGCCCCGCAUUCAGGCAGGGGACCCCGUGGCCCGCUACUUUGGGAUAAAGCGAGGGCAGGUGGUGAAGAUCAUCCGGCCCAGUGAGACAGCGGGCAGGUACAUCACUUACCGGCUGGUGCAGUAGCAGCGGAGUGGGAGCCCCUGCAGAUGGACAGAUGGACACAGUCUCAGUCGUCUCCUGUGGAGACUGCCCCAGCCUUCUUGCUGCUGCGCCUUUGGGCUCCCUAGGACAGCAGCCACUGUCUUGGUUUACCUUAUCUGGAUGAGGAUUUCAGUGGCUGCAUCUGGCUGAGGCCUCAGAAAGGACAUGACUCUGUCCGAGGAGGCCACCUGGGGGCAGCUGAUGUGAGCCCUGGUGCUGGGACAGCUGGCUCUGGCUGGGCUGUCCAUGAGCGCCUGUGGCCUGUCCCACCCAACCUCCUGCAUCCUGACUCUGUCCCUGGACUCACUGCAAUCAGCAGGGUGCAAGGUCACAGCUCAAUUGAGUUCUGAGUUGAACAGAACAUUGUGUGUUCUAAAAAUUAAGGCUAUUUUGAGUAAAAUAAAUUGUUUCAAACACCAGG